GUGAACACACACACACUGAAACACACACACGGACGAUAACUUUCACUGUGAGAAAUAAAAGAGACAACUUCCACAGAGAGACAACAGCUUCAGGAGGGAAUACUGGGAAUACUGAAAUACUGCCACUUUAACCAGUUACUGACUGAACUCUGUAAGAAGCUUCAGAAAAACAAGAGUCAAAUUAAGUAACAGGAGACUCUGUGGACGAGGGAAAGGAACCUCAGCAGUCUGACCUGUUUGUGCUGUUUAAACUGUCCAUACCUGUCGGGAGUUUUGCUUCAUUCAGAGAAAAAUGGCUUCUUGUUCAGAGGAGGAUCUGUGCUGUUCUGUCUGCUGUGACAUCUUCAAACAUCCUGUGAUUCUGUCAUGUAGCCACAGCUUCUGUAAAGCCUGUCUACAGAGAUGGUGGAGAGAGAAGCAGGCCCAGGAGUGUCCAGUCUGUAGUAAAAGAUCUUCAAGGUCAGAACCACCUAUUAACUUGGCAUUAAAGAACAUGUGUGAGGCCUUCUUACUGCAGAGAGAUCAAAGAGCUUCAUCAGACUCUGAGGAUCUCUGCAGUCUGCACUCUGAGAAACUCAGACUGUUCUGUCUGGAUCAUCAGCAGCCAGCGUGUCUUGUCUGCAGAGACUCCAAACAACAUACCAACCACACAUUCAGACCCAUCGAUGAAGCUGCACAAGAUCUCAGGGACAAGCUCCAGGAAUCACUGAAGCCCUUAAAGGACAAAUUGGAGGGAUAUGAUAAAAUCAAAAAAGUCUGGGAUGAAACAGGAAAACACAUCAAGGUCCAGGCUGCAAACACAGAGAGGCAGAUAAAGGAACAGUUUAAGAAACUUCACCAGUUUCUAGAUAAGGAAGAGGAGGCCAGAAUCUCUACACUGAAGGAGGAAGAGAAGCAGAAGAGUCAGAGGUUGAAGGAGGAGAUUGAGGUUCUGAGCACAGAGAUAGCAGCUCUUUCACAAACAGUCAGAGCCUCAGAGGACAAGCUGAGAGCUGCAGACCUCUCAUUCCUGAAAAACUACAAGGCUGCAAUGGAAAGAGUCCAGCAGCGCCCCCUGCUGGAGGAUCCACAGCUGCCCUCAGGAGCUCUGAUAGAUGUGACCAAACACCUGGGCAACCUGAGCUUCCACAUCUGGAACAAGAUGAACAUGGUCUCCUACAGUCCUGUGAUUCUGGACCCAAACUCUGCUGGUCCAGACCUCAUCCUGUCUGAAGAUCUGACCCGAGUGAGACGAGGAGAGGAGCAGCAGCUUCCUGAUAAUCCAGAGAGGAUUGAUGACAGCUGGUCUGUCCUGAGCUCUAAAGGCUUCAACUCAGGGACUCACAGCUGGGACGUCGAGGUUGGACAGAACACAAAGUGGGAAGUUGCUGUGUGUGAGGAGUCAUCAGUCAGGAAGAGAGACAUAUAUUCUGGAUUAUGGAGAAUGGGUUUUAUGGGGAAAUAUACAGAGCAGAAACCCCAUCAGGUAAACACACCGAACUGUCAGUGAGAGGAUGAACUCAGAGAAUCAGAGUGAAUCUGGACUGGGACAGAGGAAAGCUGUCAUUCUCUGAUCCUGACACUAACACACACAUACACACCUUCACACACACGUUCACUGAAAAGCUGUGUCCAUACAUUUAUAAUUAUGAACUACGUCCUCUGAAGAUAAUACCACUGAAGGUCUCUGUAACAGUGAAACAAUGAUGAUGAAGAAUUCUGCAAUGCUUUUGUAUUUUGUGGUAAAGGCUGAAAACUAUUUCAGACAUCAGUUGUCCUCUUCCAAACAGAAUCUGAAGGAAUACAUUGAUUGUAAAGAACAAGAUAUGUAGGCUACUGGGAAUGAUCUUUGAAAAUCAUUUAAAAAAAAGGCUAAAUUAUAAACCCGUAUGUCAGUUAUAUGUGCUGAUUUCAAUCCAUUUAUAUUAAUCCGAAAUACAGAAAUAAGAUGCCAGAAAUGUGUUCAUCCAUCGGGGAGAGAUAUAUGAUUACACCCUGAGGAGUUCUCAUCAUUUUAAACCUUCAUAUUUUUCAUGUGUUUGAUUGUUCUCUAACUUUUUAUAUCACAGAAAUCAGCGACAUAAAGGUCAAAUGCCUUUCUGACUCUGUUACCACCAAAGCCAUCACUCCUGCCACUCACUCAAUCCUCACUGACUGCAUCACUGAAAUAAAAUCUUGGCUCCAAACCAACUAUCUCAAACUCAACUGCGACAAAUCAGAAGUCAUCAUCAUCAAAUCCACCAACAACUUCUCCCUCACCAUCAAUGGCUCUACAGUGCUCCCUUCCCCCCACAUCCGUAACCUUGGUGUCAUCUUCAACCAAACCCUCUCCUACGACAAACACAUCUAAAAUAAAUCACCAAAACAGCCUUUUUCCAUCUCUGUAACAUCGCCUGCCUCCGCUCAUCCUACUCAUUUUCAGCUGCCGAGACCCUCACCCACGCAUUCAUCACCUCCAGAUUACUGCAACAGUCUCCUCUACGGUUCACCAUCCAAAUCACUCAAGAAACUUCAAUAUAUCCAGAACUGCUGCUCGUCUCCUCACACACUCCAGCACCAGAGACUACAUCACCCCCAUCCUUCAUGACCUCCACUGGCUCCCAUCCCCCAGCGUAUCAACUUCAAGCUCCUCAUCCUCACCUACAAAGCCCUUCACAACCUGGCUCCCCCCUACCUGUCUGAGCUCCUCCACCAGCACACUCAUUUAUUAUUAUUAUUAAGAGAGUCAUGAUAACAGACAUGUAAGUGAUAAGUUACAUUAGGCUGCACAUAUACAACACCACAGUAGGUGAGCUGAAUGUGAAGAUGGCUCUCAAAUGGUUUAACUGGUUCAAUGAUGGUGCAUGGUAUUUUGACACUAUGAGUGUUCUAUGAGUUAAAACUGUUAUUAUGUAUGCUACCUCCAUCCUUCCUCGGAUGGGCAUCGGCUCACUUAUCCUAAUAAUUUUCAUAGGUAGAUGACCUGACUGACAUGCACUUUGGCCGCCAGUAGAGGGCGAGCAAGCACCUUAGUUAAAUUACCCACAGGGGGCUACAUCAUUUAAAUUUUUGUUGUUGCUAACUUUCAAAAAAUAAGUUAUCCUUUUUCAGUCAUGUGGA